GCAGCCCCUCCAGGAUCGAUCACGUCGGAGAACGAGCUCGGUCAUCUCAGUCCAGCCCUGUAGCCAGCCAGCCGGCAAGCAGGGAGCGCAAUGCCGCCGCCGUCGCCCGUGCGCGUGGUGUCGUCGCGCACGGUGAAGCCGCCGGCUCGGCCGCGGGAGCGCAUCCCGCUCGCCACAUGGGACGUCUCCAUGAUAAACGCCAACUACAUCCAGAAGGGCCUCCUGUUCCCCGCUCCCCCGCCGCCCUUCUCCACCGGCGCCGCCGUCACCAGCCACCUCGCCGACGCCCUCGCCGUAGCCCUCGGGGGCGACUACUACCCUGUCGCCGGCCGCUUCGUCACCGACCGCCACCGCGAUGACAGCGGGGCCGUUGUUGGGUGCUCGGUCUCUAUUGACUGUGACGGCCAGGGCGUCGAGGUCAUCCACGCCGUCGCAGACGGCGUCGCGGCGGCCGACGUUGUCCCUCCCGACGCCGACGUUCCAAGUGUCGUCGAGGACCUUUUCACGCUCAACGACGCAAUCAACUACGACGGCCACGAGCUCCCCCUCUUCGCCGCCCAGGUCACCGAGCUCGCGGACGGCGGCGUCUUCGUCGGCUUCGUCUGCAACCAUGCGCUCGCCGACGGCACGGCCUUCUGGAACUUCCUCAAAGCGCUGGCCGAGAUAUCGCGCGCCAGGCUCGCGCCUCCGGGGGAUCCGCAGUUGCCGACGUCGUCGCCCCGGCCCAUGUUCGAGCGCUGGUCGCCCGACGGUGGCACGGCAGCGCCGGUCGUGCUGCCGUGCAAGGACCUGCCGGAGCUCAUCGAGAGACCGGCGCGGGUGCCGCUCCGCGGGCGCGUGCUGCACUUCACGGCGGAGUCGAUGGCGGCGCUCAAGGAACAGGCCCGCGAAGAGCUCCUAGCUGCCGGGGACGCGGCGGGCGCGGCCGCCCUGACGCGGUACCAGGGCCUGACCUCGCUCAUUUGGCGGUGCAUCACCCGCGCCCGGCGGCUGGCCCCGGACGACGAGACGGCGUUCCGCGGGGCUGCCAACAACCGCGGGCGGCUCCGGCCGGCGCUGCCGGCGGAGUACUUCGGCAACAGCCUCUACGCCGUCAGCACGGAGCCCGUGCGCGUGUCGGAGCUACUGGCGCGCGGCGGGCACGGGCGGGGGGCGGCGGCCGUGGGCCGCGCGGUGGCGGCGAACACGGACGCGUCCAUCCGGGCGCGCGUGGCCGCGUGGACGGCGGAGCCCGUGGUGACGAUGCGGCUGACGAUGAUGGGGGGCUCGCCGUGGUUCGACGCGUACGGGUGCGACUUCGGGUGGGGGAAGCCGACGGCGGUGCGGAGCGGGAGGGCGAACAAGAACGACGGGAGGACGGUGCUGUACCCCGGGCGGGAGGGCGGAGGCAGCGUGGACGCCGAGGUGUCGCUGUCCCCCGAGCACAUGGCGGCGCUCGAGCUGGACGACGAGCUCCGGGCCGCCGUGUCAUCGUCACGUGCCAAUUUUGUUUCGUUGUAAAACAUGAGUGGUAUUUUCUGGUGAGAUAAAUAAACUGUCAAACUUAAAGUAUUCACAAAAGUUAAGCUAAAUUUCGGUUA